AUUUCUUUUAUAUACCAAUAUAACCUGUUCUUUUGUUUAGAAAUAAUGAUACAUUUAAUGUCUUGUACUGUCAAUUUAUCGACAUUGAAUCAUUCAAAAUGGGUUCGAAAAAGACUGAUAAACAUGAUUAAUGCGACUAAUAAUUACUCGCUUAAAUUAUUCCAGCAAAAUUAUCCAGUCAACAAUAAUACUGCUUUGACUAUACCACCUUUAUUAAACCCUUUGCAAUUAUCAUUAAAACAUUAUCAAACAAAGCAUUUUAUCCAGACAAAAACAAGAGCUCUAACAGAGCCUCAACGAAACACUAUUAUAUUAGGCUCUGGUUGGGCAGGUUUCCGUUUGAUUCGAGAUUUAGAUCAAAAAAUUUAUCAUAUUUCUAUUGUUUCUCCCAGAAACCAUUUUGUUUUCACUCCAUUAUUGGCAAGUACUUCAGUUGGUACAUUGGAAUUUAGAUGUAUUACUGAGCCUAUACGUACCUAUUCAAGCGGCACGAACUUUUAUGAAGCUUACUGUGAUGGGAUAGACAGUAAGAAUCAAAUCAUUCAUUGUACUUCUAGUAUUCAUGAUCUGGAACAAAGAAAAUUUUCAUUACAUUAUGAUCAGUUAAUUAUCUGUGUAGGUGCUUAUUCAAAGACGUUUGGUAUUCCUGGUGUGAAAGAAUAUGCUUAUUUCUUAAAGGAAAUUAAUGAUGCAAGAAAGAUUAGAAAAAAAUUAAUUGACUGUUUUGAAUAUGCUUCGCAGCCUGGUUUAACUGAUAAAGAAAAGGAGGACCAGCUUCAUUUUGUAGUUGUAGGCGGUGGUCCAACCGGGGUUGAGUUUUCGGCAGAACUUUACGAUUUCAUUGCAGAUGAUGUAUCUAGACUUUAUCCUGAUUUAAUUGGAAAGAUUCAUAUGACGUUAUUUGAUGUUGCCCCCACUAUUCUUGGAGCCUUUGAUUCUCAUCUUGCUGAUUAUGCUUCAAAGAAAUUUAAUCGUAAAGGAAUCCAAGUCAAAACAAAACGAAAAGUUGAGAAGGUAGAAAAAGAUCAUUUAAUUAUUCAAGGCGAAGGUGAAGUUCCUUAUGGCUUAUUGGUAUGGUCUACUGGUCUAAUGCAAAAUCCAUUAGUAGAGUCUUUUAUUGAAGCUGAAAAAGACAAAUCCAGUCAAAGGAUAUUAACAGAUGGCCAUUUGCGUGUUUAUAAUAAAGAAACUAAUCUUCCUUUUCCCAAUAUUUAUGCUCUCGGCGAUUGCGCUACAAUUAAAGAAUAUGACUUACCAGCUACAGCACAAGUCGCCUCUCAAAAAGCUAAAUAUCUUGCAAAAACUUUAAAUACAUUUGCUAAAAGAGAUUAUGAUCUUUCGGAAGGAAAGAAGUUCAAAUAUCGAGACUAUGGUAUGAUGGCUUAUAUUGGUUCUUAUGAAGCUUUAGUAGAUAUGUCUGCUGUACAUAAUUGGGCAAAAAUGUCGGGCCAUUUAUCAUGGUUAUUUUGGAGAUCUGUAUAUAUAAACAAAAGCAUCAGCAUUCGGAACAAAAUGUUAAUCGCUUAUCAUUGGUAAUGUAAAUG